UGAGCGCGGGAAAACAUGUAACCAGCGGUAAAGACGGCGAAAAACCGGACCUAAACAAUAAGGGGUGCAAAGCGCGGCCUAAGAGCGCGGGAAAACAUGCAAACGGCAAGUUGCUGGAGAAACACAUUUUGUUAAAUUUUCAUUUAUACAGUUGUCAUAUUUUCAGCUAGUCGUGUAUUAAAAGUUCGGUUAAGUGAUUGGUAGUCUUUUUUCUAUUUACUUGUAGCUAUUUGUUGAUAAUCAUAUUUCUCAGAUAACAAACUUAUGAUAGAAAAAAAAAAGAGAAAUGAUUUGUGUUAAAGUGUUGAAUUUGUUGCUUUUUACUGUAGGGGUUCAAACAUCAUUGAAAACAUGGUAUCCAUGAUGGAGAAGCACGCCAAUCAUUUAGAACAGCUCGUGGAUGAACGAACAACGCAGUUGAACGAAGAGAAAGAUCGAACGGAUAAACUGCUUAAUCGUCUGCUUCCUCCGUUGGUCGCAGAACAGUUAAAGAUCCACAGUUCGGUACAAACUGAGGAAUUUGAAGAAGUCACCAUUUUCUUCAGUGAUAUCGUUGGAUUCACCAAGCUGGCUUCUUCCAGUAAACCACUCGAGAUUGUGGAUUUACUAAACGAUCUGAACGUUGCAUUUGAUGAAAUCAUCACACGGUUCGACGUCUAUAAGGUCGAGACUGUUGGUGAUGCAUACGUUGUGGUCAGCGGUUGUCCUAAGCUGAAUGGCAUCAAACACGCGGGAGAGAUCGCGAGCAUGGCUCUGGAAUUGCUAAGUCACAUGUUCUUUUUCAGAGUGCGUCAUUUGCCAGAUCAUCAGCUGCAGCUCAGGAUUGGAAUCCACACAGGCCCAGUUGUUGCUGGAGGGGUUGGUGUCACAAUGCCUCGCUUCUGUCUGUACGGUCACACUGUCCACAUCCCAUCCAAAAUGGAAAGUUGUGGUCUCCCUCACCGUAUCUAUGUGGGCCGAGAGGCCCGCUCCAGGUUGGUGGAACUUGGGGGAUAUCACGUCACAGAAAAAGGCCAAGUUCAGAUCAAGAGAUUGGGUCUAGUGACCACCUAUUGGCUGAUAGGAAAGGAAGGCUUCGACAAGCCCCUACCCGACCCCCCACUGGAGACAUCAGAGCCACUUUUUGAGACUCUUGACGUGUAUUAUGCAAGUUAACUGACAAAGAAACAAACUAGAUAUGCGAUUCCUUCAAGAUCUUUAUUAUGUUUUCGUACAGAAAGUAGAGAAAGCUAAGUUUAUAAAA